GUGUCAACCCCGGACAAGUAAGAAAGUAUUCGUUUACUUUCAUCAGUCAGCCGGUUUGUCUUUCUCCCCUUGCAAAAAGUAUUAUAUUUUUAAUUAAAAACUUUACAAAAUGGAUAAGUCUGAGGAGGAGAAUCAAGUCCCGGUCAAGCGGGUCAGGAUUUUGGUGGAUAUACCCGUAUCAAAAGCCCCUUUUAAUUUAAUGACCUACAAUUCUCAAGGAGAACAGGUUGAAUUGAACGUUAUACAAAUUGAAGACGAACCUCCGUCAACCUCGACCACAGUGAAAGCGGAUUCAAUCCUGAAAGCUGUGCUACAGGGAAUGAUUGGCAAUAGUGGAUAUAAGGGGACAAUGGAGUCUUUCUGGGGAUCGGAUAAGAGGAAGAAGUUGACUGAUAAGUGGGCUAAUCACGUCAAGAAAUCUAAGACUGACACGGAAAAGUACACCCCCAUCGAUGUAUUUUAUAAUAAGGACAAGAUUGCCAUGCAAUUGGUGGAUGGGUUGCUACAAGUGGUGAAAAUGCAAACAGUUGGAAAUGAGUGGAAAUUCAAUAAAUGGGGGGGUCGUCAGCAGAAGUGUAGCGUUUCUGCAUGUACUUCAAACUGUCACGGUGGAAAGUUCUAUUCGACUCAUGCCCCCAGACAAGUUUUAUUACUUCAAGAUCUGCGAGCUACUUCCCCUGUGCUGGCCUUGUUAAGCCCUGAACCCACCACUCACCCCUACACUGAGAGCGAGAUGCGAACAAAACUGGCUGAAUGUGGGGUUAAAAAAUUGUGGGGAGGGGAAGAAAUUGAGGGGGGUCGGAAAUACGGAAUCAAAACAUGCAGCUCUUUGAAUAUGUUGUAAGGAAAAGGGCCAGUAAAGAGGAGACUUUUUUCGGAUUAUAGGACGGUGGCCUUUUCAGGAUGACAACAACAAAGUCCGUGGUUCUGUAUAUUUGGCUGUGUCAUUGAUGGUGAUGAUCAAAGGAGGUGCUACUCUGAUGAAUUCGAAAAUUAUCUUCGUUGGGUUUGACGUGACCUGGGUGAAGUCUUUUUUGAAUCAAAACGGGGUGCUCUUCGAAAAGGGAGAACAACUUCAAGAGUCUGUUAACUCUACUCCACCAGGCGUGUCGGGAGAAGUCAAUCGUUCUCUGCCGUAUGUCUACUUCGGAAGAAAUGAUAAAGGUCAAUUCUACACGGGGGUUCAGUGCGAAAUCCGUUUACGAGUAUCUAGUGCGAAAGCUAGCUACCACGAUAAAAUCAAAGCUGAAACGGGGAUGGAUUCGUUCAAAGAGGAUGAAGACCAGGUCAUUUUCCAAAGCCCUAUCCCGAAGUUGUUGCAACAUGUAACGUCCAUUACUAAACGUAGCAAGUUCAGCCCAGCAGAAGAAGCGGAAUUUUGUAAAAUGGAGGAGGCUGCCAAUAAAUAUGAAACCCUUGCUCACUCAGUUUUGAAGAUUGGAGAGAUGGUCGGUCAGACCUACAAAGGGGCGCUAGUGAAGGGAACUCCAAAGCAGUUGAAUAAUUUUAAUGGUGCUAUUAAUGUUGUUGAUCUCAUGUCUACGUACUCUUUCUUGUUUGAAUCAAAUCUGGUCAUGAAGGAAGUUAGUCAAUUAGAGAAAGGUUGUGAUGGAAAGGUUGUUAUCAAUUUUGUUGUGUAGUUAUUCUUACGUGUCAUGUAUUUGUUUCAAAUGAAUUAAACAAAUAAACUUACAGCAGCCACCGGUAUCGGCUCAAGUUUCA